ACCACUUUCCCUUUAAUCAAUUUGAUCACACAACUUUGCUUCCUCGUCUCAAAUCCCAAGAUCGAUCCAACUUCUUCUUCACUAGUUUCUUUCUGAUCAUCUCUCUCCAAUCUCUCUCACAUGGCAGAUACUGAUUACCAUGCUACUAAAAACCCAAUAACCGAUACCACCUCUCCGACGACGUCGUCUCUGAAGCUUUUUGGCAUUAACAUUAACAAAGUUUCAGAAUCUGAGGCCGCGAACGCCGGCAACGAUCGCCGGAAAUACGAGUGCCAGUAUUGCUGUCGUGAGUUUGCCAAUUCACAAGCACUUGGAGGCCAUCAAAACGCGCACAAGAAAGAAAGGCAGCUUCUAAAGCGAGCUCAAAUGCAAGCUGCUCGUACUGCUUUUGCUGCCUCUCAUAGUUAUAUUCAUCAUCAUAACCCUAUCAUAUUACCUCCGCCUGAUAUCCUCACCGGAUUGCCGCCUCCGCCUCCGCCACCGCCAUCGCCAUUGCCGACUCCAUCGGCGAUGUAUCAUUCCGGGGCGUUCGGUGUGUGUGCCUCUUCUGGUUUUGCAGGUUUGCCUGCAGAUCCUUCACGACCCUCUUCCAUGGCGCCGGCGUACGGUGGCUUUAACAGCAGCGAUGGGGGUGAACGAGGCUUCAGUUUGGAUUUGCAACUUCGUCUAUGAGUGAGAAGCAUUGAAAUUGAGAUACAAGAUGCGAACAUUGCAACACAAUAAGGUUAUUAUGUAAAGUUUAAGUAUCUUGUCGUUGUUGAAAUGAGUGUCUGGUUAUUAAAUUUCUUACUCAAAGAAUACGCCUGGUUGAGUUUUUAAUUAUAAAUUAAAUUUUCCACAAGUCGAAAUCAAACUUAGAAAUUAUAUAUUUUUCUUUUUUUUUAACGUGCUUUUUUGUUCCACCCUUUCCCCUAGUCUGUCAUAUGAUUAAUUAGUUUCGAGGAACUACCAUAAGGAAAGAAAGCAAUGGGAGAGA